AUGACCACCAAAAAGCUCAUAGUGGUCAUUGGUGCAACAGGUGGUCAAGGAGGCUCUGUUGUCAACUCCUUCAUCACUGACCCAGAAUGGCGUGUUCGUGGCAUCACUCGAAACCCCUCAAGCCUAGAAUCAAAGAAUCUCGAGGCCCGCGGUGUUGAAAUAGUUCAAGCCGACUUGGGCGACAGAGCCUCACUAGCCAAAGCUUUUCAAGACGCAAAUGCCAUCUUUGCAGUCAGUGACUUUUGGGGCAUCUACAACGAUCCGAAGAAUCGAAACAAACCACAGCCGGGACAGGCACUCAACGAGUGGACAAAGAUACAAGAAACUCAACAACUCAAGAAUAUCAUCGAUGAAGCUGCCAGACUAUCAAGUCUAGAAAGAUUCAUCAUAUCCUCACUCCCAGGUGUCACGAAAUUGUCGGGAGGAAAGUAUACGAAUGCUUGUCAUUUUGACUCCAAGGCUGAUGCAGAAGAGCACGGUGCACAAAACCAGCCAGAGCUAUGGGCAAAGACGAGUGUAUAUCUGCCGGGAUACUUCUUGAGUAACUUCUUAACUCAUCCAAUGGCCCAGCCUGCCAAGAAAGACAAUGGAAACAUACAAUUCGCAAACAACCUAGACCUCGACACCAAAGUUCCUCUGAUAUCACACGACCAAGACUCUGGUCCCUUGGUCAAAGCCCUAAUUCAAAACCAUCCAGGGAAAAGUGUCAUUGGGUAUCGUUCUUGGAUCACACCACGGGAAUUCGUAGGAAUUUUCAGUAAAGUGACGGGAUACAAGACUGAAAUACUACACAUACCACCCGGACAGUUCAGCUUUGACUGUAAACCAGAGUUGAGGGCUGAAUUGCAAGAUAACUUUGCAUUUUGUAACGAGAUCGGGUUUCAUGGUGGUGGUGAUUCUCCUGCUGUUCAUCCCAACGAGCUGAAUCCGCCUCCUCAACUAAGAAACAUCGAAGAUUGGAUUAGAGAACAAGAUUGGCCUAAACUCGUGGUCGUUGCCUCAAACAACAUCCCCAAAAUCAAAGCCACCCGUGAAGGCUUCACACAAAUGCUUCCAGACUCUUAUGACUUCCAGGGCAUAAGUGUAGACUCCAACGUCUCAGACCAACCCUUCUCAGACGAAGAGACUCUGCGUGGCGCAACAAAUAGAGCACAAAACGCCCAAACAGCACGACCAGAAGCUGAUUUCUGGGUUGGCAUCGAAGGCGGUGUUGAGACUCACAACGGCUCCAUCUGCUCUUUUGCUUGGAUUGUGGUUAUUGGAAAAGAUGGCAAGAUUGGCAAGGCUCGAACUUCGGCAUAUUUUCUACCGGAGAGGACUUGUAAACUACUGAAGGAGGGUGUUGAGCUGGGGCAUGCCGAUGAUAUGGUGUUUGGACAAACGGAUUCAAAGAACAAGCAGGGUUCGGUUGGGCUUUUGACUGGUGGCGUUGUUGAUCGAGCGGCGUGUUAUACACAGGCCGUCAUUCUGGCGCUGAUACCCUUCAGGAAUGCUUCUUUGGACUUUUGAUGAGUUCAUUUUGAUAUUGUACACUCAAGGCUCUCCAGGAAAUGAUCACAAAUAAUAUAAUGAUUCUGUAAUGCGAUACAUGACGGACACUUCGUUUCACUUCUGGAAUCCAGUGAAGGACAAACUU